AACAUUAAAAGAAAAUUCCUUGAGCAUAGAAAAGCCAUACGCAUUGAACAUUUAUUACGAGAAAAGAAUUCGAAUUAAUUAAAGACGCGCACUAAAUCCUGAAGAGAUUUCAUGAAGGAAAGGUUUUUUUUGUAUUUUUUAGAUCAAUGUCAUUCUUGACAUAUUAUUGGAGCGAGCGAGAUAGGCGGUAAUUGUCAAGCGAAAGCUUAUACGUUUUGUGAUUACGCACAUAAAAAUACUAGUUAUCGCCAUGCCAACCCUGGGCACGCGCAGAAGGGAUGGAUGCUUCAGCUAUUUCGGUUUAAUAUGUUUUCACUUGCAUGCGCGAGGCCAAGACGCGAUCAGAUUUAUCGGCAUGGUUGGGUGCCCUGGUUGGGCAUAAGGUGCACAAGGUAUUUUACACUCAAAAUAAACUUAGAUUACCGCGGAACAUUGUGAAAAACACAAAGAAAUGAUGGUAGCAUUACCAUCAGCUUCUGGAGGUUCUAAGGUCUUCAAAUGUGACACCAACUUAUUGGUGUCGAUUGUGGCGUGCGUAGCAGUCGUCGCCUGUGCCUCUUCCUGGCAAUGGCAAGAGGCCACGUACGCGGCCCAAGAGCACCGCGCAUUGGUCGGCCACUCGAUCGGGAACCACUCGGGGGUGACACAGGCCCUGUGCGCGGUACUGUGUCUGAGGGAAGGCGACGCCCAGUGCCGGUCCUUCAACUACGACAAAACCGGCAGGACCUGUCAGCUCAACGGCGCCAGGGUGGAGGAAUUCCCCGAGAGCCUGGUGGAGGAUUUUGACUUCUCGUACUACGGCGCGCAACUUGAGGAGCCAUAUAUCGAUUUGCCGGAAUUUCACACAACACCAUCGGCUUCGGAAUGGCAGCUCGUGUUCAAAGGUGUGGCGGGCAACGGAGUGAAGAUGUACGACAUGUGGACUGCAGCAACCUGGGACGAGACUACGAUGGGUGUCGGUGGGAGCUGGCGGGAUGACUCGCUGUACGGAUCCUGGAACAGCGGUGAUCUGGACAUAGGGCGAGUCAAACUGUCCCUCUGCGAUGCCAAUAAUGGCAGUGGAGCCGAAUUAAUCUUCGACGGAACUGGCUCAGAUGUCAGCAGUUGGUUCAGCAAGGAUCGCCUCAUCUCAAACCCAUGGCAGGACCUCAUCUCGACCGCAACAAACUACUUCAGCAUCUAUGGGCAUCCUAAAGAAGAUCGCCGGUUCUUCAUCAAUCGUCGGUACGGGAGCUGCGUUGGAGAUUACGGCUGGCUGGUUGUGACGGAGUCCAAUUCGCAUAUUGACUGCGACUGGGAUCGUUCGUCCGCAGAGUACCCCUACCCGAUCAUACUAUACAGCAGGACGGCGGGCAAUGUACAGUGGCGCAAAGUAAUAACUGAAGGUACUGAUACAGUCGGACGUGCGGACUACCUAACCAUCCAUAUCGAUGUCGAGUAGCAAUUCCAGAGAUUGACCAGAACAACAC